AUAGUUGUAAACGAUUGUAGCUGAUAUGGUCGAUUAGCAUGGGUACCCUAUGUACGCGUGGGAUUCCCUGUAUUCCAGAAUUUGUCUCCGCGUUUGUGUAAGUUAGACGCGUUGGCUGAGAUCUCCGCAUCAUGAAUUGACCUCUAUCCAACAAAUAUUCUACGCAUCAAUUCUCUCUAUCACAUCCAUUGCAUUUAGUGUAACGCAUCUGUAAGCGCCAUCAAUACCUCCUCCUAAUCUGCUUGCGUUCCUUCUCAUCAAUUGCGCACGAUGCUCCGCCGCAAACCCACCGCCUUGACUAUCACAUCCGAAGACAUUGCCGCAUUCGAAGAACAAUACGCCCGCAAGCUCGCGUACGCAAGAUACCUCAAGACCGGCGAAGACCCCGAAGGUCUCUUCCGCAACGGGCGGCAGCCACGUGAGGACGAUGCACAGAUGAUCAAUGAUCAAGAGUCGAGCGUGGCGGGAGCAGGCGGCGCAAUUGAUCCCAAUGACGAGCUGAAGCCACUUCCUGGUGACAAGGCAAGAAUUGUACGCAGUCGCGAAGAAAGAAUUGUCGGAACAAAUAAUGCGAGAUGAUCGUUGGAGGUCUGCUGAUGAGCUUCGUAUCAACAUCUGAAACCACUUAUACCAAACUUCAGGGAAUUGGUACGUUGGCUAUCGAAGAAGAUACGACUCUGCCACAGCUUGGAAAAAUGUUCUUUAUGAUCAGAUCGUCCAGCGACUGUCACAGGAUGCGAUACGAAAGUCAUACCCGACAUUGAAAGACAUCAACUCAACAGAUCGACGAAGGAGAUAUCAAUGUCUCCUAUGCGACGCGCUGUCGCGGAUAU